AUGGGGCGGGCGCGAAAAGAUGCGACGCCACCAGAUACGCCGCCAAAAAAGGAGCGACUGACCCUCACCCAGCUGGCGGGCUACGAUGACAUAUUAACUGAUGCACUCGUUGAUCAUGUGUACUUCUGGACCACAAUACGAAAGAAUCGGGCAAAAUAUAAUUUGACCCGGGGAAUUAGUGAAUACGACGUCUGCUCUAUCCUGCUCCACGAUGUGAUCGUGGGCAAAGAUUCACACAAGGCUGAAGCUUCUUUGCUGCAGCUUGCCGGAUUCAAGAAGUACUUCGGCCUCCUAAAGACGGAGCGGGAGAAGGAGGAUUUCAGACGGCACAUGCGAAAAUACAUAAACAUAUGGCUCCCGGAUUGUCCCUUUGAAGUUUCGACUACGAAUCGGUAUACGAUCGUCACACAGGAAGCUUCAACCACAGCGAGACGUUCCAUCAAGCAAGGCGAUUCUAUCAAGUACCUUUGCGGAAACCUGGUGGCGAUGACCCCUGAAGAGGAGAAGGAUCUGGACUUGACGAGGCGAGACUUUAGCAUCGUCAUGUCAAGUAGGAAGAAGACACCAUCGCUUUUUCUUGGCCCAGCUCGAUUCUCUAACCACGACUGCAACGCUAAUGCUCGACUGGUGACCCGUGGAUCCGACGGUAUGCAAGUAUAUGCCGUGCGGAACAUCCGAGUUGGUGAGGAAAUUACUGUCAAUUACGGAGAAAACUACUUUGGCGAGGGUAACUGCGAGUGUCUCUGUGGAACGUGUGAGGCCGAGGGGCGGAAUGGCUGGCCUGGAUCAAACUCGAGUGCCAUUUCGAGUGGAUUAUCUACUCCCAUGACAAUGUCCGAGCCAGAGCUUGAGAUGGCAGAGACAUCUUAUCGCUCAUCACGAAAGAGGAUGUCUGAAUCCGAUUCUGAUCUAACUGCGGGAUCCAUGAGCUCUGGUGACGACGAAGGGACGCCAAUAAAGAAACGGAAAUCUGGGACUGGCAGAGCCAUAACUUCUUUUGGGAUCGAGGCGACAGGUGAUUUGGUACCUUCUCACGCCGUUAAAGAGGCGAAGCCUGGAUCACCCUUGCGCCAGGUACUGAACGUCACCGAUAUCGUAAUCCCUGCCGAAGAUGGAAACCAAGGCACUAGACAGGGAUUGUCACUCAAGAAGGCAGGACAGCAUGGCAAGACCACUCAAUCUCAAGAUGAUAUACUGGCUGCUGUCAGAGCAGCUUUCGCCGGCUUCAGCGCCACCACAAAGCCACAGUCACAUCCCUCGAAAGGCAAGCGCGCAGCUCAGAAAACUUACCCUAGUCCACGAUCAUAUAGCGACUCUAAAAUCCCGUACAAGUUUAAGAGCCCGUUUUCAUUCCUCACUGGAAUAACAUCGGCCAAUUCUUCAGGGCGCAAGCAGAAUUUUCUACGUGCUAGGACGAUACGCUCUCCUUUAAAUUCAAGGAAGCAAAGCGUGCAAAGUUCCAGUUUGUCUAGCUUACAGGACUCAAGUUCGAUCAGCGAGAAGGACUCUACUUUCGAUGAUCGCUUUCGACCAGAUUCAAGUUCAGCUACUACGCCGAGUGCAGGCCUCGAAGGUGGCAUCGAUUGGAACCUGCCUCCACAAUUAGCGUUUUCGCCUUCUAGCAGCGGUCUCACGUCUCUCUCAUCUCCCCUCUCCUCUCUUCCUUCAAUUGCGGAAAAUGAUGAUGACGAACCGAGUCCGCACAACCUCGAUUCUACCCCGCGCAAAAGGGGCCGCCCGCGGAAAAUUGGUCGCAUGGUCCCGCUGGCAUCCAAGCCGAAGCCGAUACCUCGCACGCCUAAGAAAGUUCGAGGCUUGCAGCCCACGAUCGAGCUCGAUAUUCCCAGUACUCGCACCCCAGGCGACUACAUUCGUACGCACCUUCUACUCGGCGAAUCUUUCUCCCGUUGGGUCGACUGCCGUACCUGCUCUGCUUGCUGGGUGCAAGCCAAUGGCUAUCAAACCCGCAAAGAGUGUCCACGAUGUGAACGCCAUAGCAAGCUUUAUGGGUAUCAGUGGCCGAAGACUGACAAGCUUGGGAAAGGCGAUGAUGAAGAAAGAGUGAUGGACCACAGGACUGUCCAUCGCUUUAUACCGCCAGACGAGGAAAAAGAGGAGAGGAGGAAGGGGAGGGGCGUGUUGAGGGCCGGAAAUAUGGGAAGUGAGAGGGACGACAGCACAGGCGAUGAUUACGAGUCUGAGAGAACGGAUUCGAGAGUCAGAAGUGGUGGCGGUUGUGGGAGGACGAGGGGGGUUGGUCCGGCGGUCUACACUCGAUGA